AUGAUGAAGGAGAAAAGGGCACAUUUUUAUUGCUUGUUAGGGAGGGAUUCGAGUUGCUGGAUUGAUGGCAGACCAGAUCAAACCAAUCUACUAGAACCUGUUCAGCUUGAGAGCAGACCAACACUUUACUUUCACUCUCGCGCGCGCUUGUCUUGGCUUGGCUUUACACAGUCCCCUCCUACAACAGAGAGAGUUGUGGACAGAGCAAUGGCUGCUGCUUGGGAAAUCACUGCAGCAGAGUUCUUACAAGGUUCUCAAAGGCAAAAACUGUUUCUUCCUAGAUUUUCUUCAAGGCAGACGAACAGAUUGCUUUGGGGUAACUUGCAAAGACAGAGUCCUGCAAAAAUUUCUUAUAGAGCUGGUCUUCCAGUCCUGGUGAGGGCAGUUGUCUCAAGGGAUGCAAGCAGUUCAGUUAGUGAGAUACCAGCCAAGGUUAAGAGGGAUGCUGCAAAGGUUCUACAUUUAUAUCGAAUUCCGUUUAUUCAGGAAAGUGCAACUGCUGAACUUCUCAAAUUGGUUCAGACCAAAGUCUCAAACCAAAUAAUUGGCUUGAAAACUGAACAGUGCUUCAAUAUUGGUGUAGAUGGAGAUCUUUCAGAUGAGAAGCUUCUAGUGCUUAAGUGGCUUUUGGGAGAAACUUAUGAACCGGACAAUCUGGGGGUUGAAAGUUUUCUUGACAAGGAGAUGAAAGAAAGCUUGAAUACCAUUGUAGUAGAAGUUGGUCCCCGUUUAUCUUUCACCACCGCCUGGUCUACCAAUGCUGUCUCAAUUUGCCGAGCAUGUGGGUUGACUGAAAUAAAUAGAUUGGAACGGUCAAGGAGGUACUUGUUGUAUGUUAAUGCUGGAAGUGCAUCAUUGUUAGACAGUCAGAUUAGCGAGUUUGCUGCCCUGGUGCAUGAUAGGAUGACUGAGUGCAUCUAUACUCAGAAGCUCACAUCUUUUGAGACACGUGUAGUCCCGGAGGAGGUACAGUAUAUACAGGUUAUGGAGAGGGGCAGGAACGCAUUGGAGGAAAUAAAUGAUGAAAUGGGUUUAGCCUUUGAUGAACAAGAUUUGCAAUACUACACUAAGCUUUUCAGGGAUGACAUCAAGCGGAAUCCUACAAAUGUCGAGUUAUUUGAUAUUGCACAGUCCAAUAGUGAGCACAGUAGGCACUGGUUUUUUACGGGGAAGAUUGUUAUAGAUGGUGAGCCGGUAAAUAGGACCCUGAUGCAAAUUGUCAAAAGCACUUUGCAAGCAAACCCAAACAAUUCUGUUAUUGGCUUUAAGGACAACUCCAGUGCAAUUAGAGGGUUUCUUGUGAAUCGAUUGCGACCUAUUCAACCUGGUUCAACAUGCCCAUUGGAGAUGAGUCCUUGUGAACUCGAUAUAUUGUUUACUGCUGAGACCCACAAUUUCCCAUGUGCAGUGGCUCCAUUUCCUGGUGCAGAGACAGGUGCUGGUGGUCGGAUUAGGGACACACAUGCGACUGGCAGGGGUUCAUUUGUUGUGGCAUCUACAGCUGGUUACUGUGUUGGAAAUCUUAAUAUUGAAGGUUCAUAUGCUCCAUGGGAGGAUCCAUCAUUCACAUACCCGACAAACUUGGCUCCCCCACUGCAGAUUCUCAUUGACGCUAGCAAUGGUGCAUCAGACUAUGGCAACAAAUUUGGGGAGCCUUUAGUUCAGGGUUACACAAGGACUUUUGGAAUGAGACUUCCAAAUGGGGAACGACGGGAAUGGUUGAAACCAAUCAUGUUCAGUGCAGGUAUUGGUCAGAUUGAUCACACUCACAUAUCGAAGGGAGAUCCUGAAAUUGGAAUGUUAGUUGUAAAGAUCGGAGGUCCAGCAUAUCGAAUUGGAAUGGGUGGUGGUGCUGCAUCAAGCAUGGUUAGUGGCCAAAAUGAUGCUGAGCUUGAUUUUAAUGCAGUACAGCGCGGCGAUGCGGAGAUGGCACAAAAAUUGUAUCGUGUUGUCCGCGCUUGUGUCGAAAUGGGGGAGAACAAUCCUAUCAUUAGCAUUCAUGAUCAGGGUGCCGGUGGAAACUGCAAUGUUGUCAAGGAAAUAAUAUACCCAAAGGGUGCUACUAUUGAUAUAAGGGCAAUUGUAGUUGGUGAUCACACAAUGUCUGUCUUGGAGAUAUGGGGUGCUGAGUACCAGGAGCAAGAUGCUAUUUUGGUAAAACCUGAAAGCCGUGGCCUGUUGCAGUCAAUCUGUGAAAGGGAGAGAGUAUCAAUGGCUGUUAUUGGAUCAAUUAGCGGAGAAGGACGGAUUGUUUUAAUUGAUAGUUUAGCUAUAGAAAGAUGCAGCUCAAGUGGACAACCUUUGCCACCACCUGCUGUGGAUCUUGAGCUUGAAAAGGUGCUUGGAGACAUGCCUCAGAAAACAUUUGAAUUCCAUCGCACAGUUAAUGCUAGAGAACCACUUGAUAUUGCCCCUGGGAUUACCGUUAUGGAUUCUUUGAAAAGAGUUCUGAGGCUUCCUUCUGUGGCAUCUAAAAGGUUCUUAACUACGAAAGUCGAUAGAUGUGUAACAGGUCUGGUGGCACAGCAGCAAACAGUGGGUCCCUUGCAAAUUACGCUUUCUGAUGUUGCUGUUAUUGCUCAAAGUUAUACUCACUUCACUGGAGGUGCAUGCUCAAUUGGGGAACAGCCUAUCAAAGGCCUUCUGGACCCAAAAGCUAUGGCACGGUUAGCUGUAGGAGAAGCUCUCACUAAUCUUGUCUGGGCUAGGGUCACUUCUCUUUCUGACGUCAAGGCUAGUGGGAAUUGGAUGUAUGCUGCCAAACUGGAUGGGGAAGGAGCUGCCAUGUACGAUGCUGCCAUAGCUCUUUCAGAAGCUAUGAUUGAACUUGGCAUUGCUAUUGAUGGGGGGAAGGAUAGUCUUUCCAUGGCUGCACAUUCAUCUGGGGAAGUUGUCAAGGCUCCUGGAAAUCUGGUAAUUAGUACCUAUGUCACUUGUCCUGAUAUAACUAAAACCGUGACACCAGAUUUGAAGCUUGGAGAUGAUGGCAUUCUCCUUCACAUUGAUUUAGCCAAAGGGAAGCGACGCUUGGGUGGAUCUGCUCUCACUCAGGUGUUUGAUCAAGUUGGGGAUGAGUGUCCUGACCUUGAUGAUGUUUCUUACCUUAAACAAGUUUUCAAUGGGGUUCAAAAUCUUAUUGAAGAGGAGCUGAUAUCAGCUGGUCAUGAUAUUAGUGAUGGAGGAUUGAUUGUCAGUAUCUUGGAGAUGGCAUUUGCAGGGAACUGUGGUAUUCACUUGAACUUGAUUUCACAAGAGAGUUACAGCAUUUUCCAAACUCUCUUUGCAGAGGAGCUUGGCGUUGUCCUUGAGAUCAGCAAAAAUAAUAUAGAUUUGGUAAUGACAAAGCUUUUGGAUUUUGGAAUUUCUGCUGAGAUUAUUGGUGAAGUUGCUGUCUCCCCGAUGGUUGAAUUAAAGGUCGAUGGUGUUACUCAUUUGAAGGAGGAAACAUCUCUACUCAGGGAUAUGUGGGAAGAAACCAGCUUUCAUCUGGAGAAAUUACAAAGAUUGGCAUCUUGUGUUGCACUUGAAAAAGAAGGUUUGAGUGGUCGCCAUUUGCCGUCAUGGGAGUUGUCUUUCAUUCCAACCUAUACAGAUGAGAAAUAUAUGACGGCCAUUUCAAAACCAAAGGUAGCAGUCAUUCGCGAGGAAGGCAGCAAUGGGGAUAGAGAAAUGGCUGCUGCUUUUCAUGCUGCUGGUUUUGAAACAUGGGAUAUAGCAAUGUCUGACCUUCUUGGUGGAGCAAUCUCAUUGCAUGAAUUCCGUGGAAUUGUCUUUGUUGGAGGAUUUAGCUACGCUGAUGUUCUCGAUUCUGCAAAGGGUUGGGCAGCUUCAAUACGGUUUAAUAAACCUCUUUUGAGUCAAUUUCAAGAAUUUUAUGAACGUCCAGACACUUUCAGUUUAGGGGUUUGCAAUGGUUGUCAGCUGAUGGCUCUUUUGGGGUGGGUUCCAGGCCCCGAAGUUGGAGGUGUCCUUGGGGACAAUGGGGAUCCAUCACAACCAAGGUUCAUACACAAUGAAUCCGGACGGUUUGAGUGCCGCUUCACAAGUGUGAAAUUAGAAAAUUCACCCGCUAUAAUGUUCAAAGGAAUGGAAGGUAGCACAUUGGGUGUGUGGGCUGCCCAUGGUGAGGGAAGGGCUUAUUUUCCCGAUGAUGGUGUUUUCGAUAGUAUUCUAAAAUCAAAUUUGGUCCCUGUGAAAUAUUGUGAUGAUGAUGGGAAUCCGACGGAAGUCUAUCCUUUCAAUCUUAAUGGUUCUCCUUUAGGUGUGGCAGCAAUUUGUUCUCCAGAUGGCAGACACCUUGCCAUGAUGCCUCAUCCAGAGCGUUGCUUCUUGAUGUGGCAGUAUCCUUGUGGUGUUCAUGAGAGGCUUGAUGACUUGGGCGGCAUAAAUGUUUCAGAUGUGGAUUCAACAUUUCGGUGCGAGAUACAUUUUGAAAUGGCAUGUAACUUGAGGGUGAGGCAGCCAGUUUCUAAUAUAUAUCUAUAG